AUGACUUCCGCAUACGCACCAGCCCCCUACGGCUGGGCCGUUCCAACGUCCCGUCUCUCAGCCAAUAUCAACCUCGAUGAAGAAGUCACGUUUUCCUCACUCGAAGCCGAGACGGAGAUGCACGAGACAUUGGCCGACAUCUACGGCAUCCUUGUGACACUGGAUAAGAUAGAACGGGCGUUUCUCAAAGACUCGAUAUCUGAGUCUGCCUAUGCGGACACCUGCAGCCGGUUGAUGAAGCAGUAUAAGGCGUACCUUUCGGACGAGGCGACUAAAAGGGCCUUUGGAGAUUUGGAGAGCUUCAAGAGGGACUUUGAUGUCAAUGUUCCCCUCGCCACGGCGCGGUUGCGUAUCGGCAUACCGGCGACCGUUCAAGGCUCACGGCAGCAGGCGUCAGGCCAGGCGACUGGCAAGGCCGCACCUGAACUGGUCAUGUCCGCAACAGAAAACUUCAUUACCUUGCUCGACGCGAUCAAGAUCGGUUUACUGGAGAAAGACACGUUACAUCCGCUCCUCGUCGAGGUUAUUCAAGCAGUAAAUCAGGUCACCGACGUGGAUUUUGAGGGUAAAGGGAAGAUUGUGCAAUGGCUCAUCGUGCUGAACCAGAUGGGUGUGGCGGACAAGCUGGAUGAGAACAGGGCGCGGGAACUGCGGUUUGAUAUAGAGCAGGUUUACAGAGCAUUCAAGGGGCUGCUUGCACGGGAGGCGGGUCAGGAGACUAGUAAAGAUUAG